AUGAGGUUCUUUCCGUCAUUGCUCGCGUCCUUGACGCUGGUUUCUUCUCUUGUUUCAGCCAUCUCGGUCACAUCAACCAACUCUUACAACAUCAGUAACGAUGUAGAGGGCUCGGUCCGCCUGAACGGCCUCGCUUUUCAACAGAAUGCGCUGACAACCUUUGGCAACUACCAAUAUGUUGCUUACUAUGCAACAGCCACAGGCUAUGGCAAGCACUACGUCAACCUUGGGCGUCGCCAGAUCUCCCCUUCGAUUGGAGCGUGGCAGUCCUUUGCUUUUACGGACUAUGUCCAGCAGACACUUGACGAGCACAACACUAUCUCAAUGGGAAUCAGCGGUGAUGGAAAGAUUCAUCUAUCUUUCGACCACCACGAUGUCCCCAUCAACUACCGCGUGAGCAACACCGGUAUCGCCAAAGACAUCCCCUCGACAUGGUCCGCCUCGGCUUUCAGCGCCGUCCAGCAUUCUCUACCAGGUAGCACUGGGCCCUGGACGCCGCUGACUUACCCGCGCUUCAAGCGCAUCGACAAUGGCGACCUGCUGAUGGAAUUCCGCAUCGGGCAAUCUGGCAGCGGUGACUCAUGGAUCCACCGCUAUUCUUCAACCUCUGGUCUCUGGUCAAACGUCGGCAAGUACCUGCAAGGUGAAGACAACAAUGCCUACAUCAACGGCUUCACCAACGCCGUCGGCAAACUCUUCGUCUCCUGGACCGUCCGCGAGACGCCUACGCCUAGCACAAACCACGACUUCUACUUCGCCUACAGCGAAGACGCAGGCCGUAGCUGGAAGCAGACCAAUGGCCAGUCCGUCGCGCUGCCCAUCACCCCCAGCACCCCCGGCAUCAAGGUCUACAACAUCCCCCAGAACAGCGAGAUCAUCAACCAGGAAGCCCAGUGCGCUGACGACAAGGGCCGGUUCCACGCCCUGAUGCGCGAUAACUCCACCGGCACCAGCAGGUUCUACCACUACCUGCGCACCACCGACGGCACGUUCAGCAAGACUGCCAUCAAUGCGCCGGGCCUGUCCACGCCCCCAUACUUGGCGUACCGCGGCAAGAUCGUCGCGGCGAAGGACAGUGUUGUUGCUGUGCUGCCUGAUGCGCCCAAGGCGACUGUGCAGCUGUGGGGCGCGACGGCGGGUGGCAACUGGGUGGAUUGGAAGAAGUUGGGCGAGAUCACGAACAUGGCUGGCGAGCCAUUGGUGGAUGAGGAGAGACUCAAGAAGUUUGGUAUUUUGAGUUUGUUCGUGAGGCAGGGUGGACCGUUUGGGACGAGGAAGGUGCAGGUAUGGGAUUUUGGGCUGAGUCUUUAG